AUGAGGAGAUUUGGUUUGACGCGCAAGCUUGUACGAAAUCGGCAACAAUUUUGGAAGUUCUCAGUGAUACUUCCUCAUUAUGAAAACGAUGACAUUGGGGCCAUUCUGAAUAAUUUAUAUACAGCCGUUACUUUGUUCGAAGGAGUGGGUUCAUGGAUCGCUAUAAACUUCAAAGCAAGAUUGCCCUUCUUCGAGGGUCACGACCGGCUGGUCCGCCUGGACCACGGCGACGCCGCCUUCGUGGAGGUGGUGCACACGGACGCCAAGCCCACCGUCCCGCUCUUCGGGAUGGGCAUGGUGCGGCAGCACGGGCACGUGGAUUAUUACAUAAAUGGUGGCUUUGCUCAACCUGGUUGUUCUGUCCCAUCUCCAUUUCCAGAAAUAAACUCUCUUAUCCAGUUCUGUCAACUUCAGAUAUCAGUAAUUAGUCAAUUGGCGGCAUGUGCACAUAAUCGCGCCACCGUUGUGUCUGUUACUGCGCACUAUUCGGACGAGUACCUUCCGCCUGCCUACGAGAAGUGCGCGCCGGACUCCUGCUCGCCCUUGAACUUGCAGAACGUGAUGUAUCCGGCGCGAGGCGGCUUCGUCGUGCCGUCCGCCCAAAGCCAGCCCUUCUGCAUUGUUGAACCAGAAGUGGAUGACAUCAUGAAGGACAUGGAAAAAGCUGUGGAGACAUUUCGAAAUUUCACUCAUGAUUACAGCACUAAAGUCCGAGCAUCCAUAUUCCGGAGAGUUGAAAAAGUGGGCAAAACCGUCGGCCGGAAAGUGGGCAGUAUGCGGCCAACGACAGCGGCCCUGCGCCGACGCACAAGGAAGCGCCAUCGAGGAGGCGGAGGCGGUGCCAAAGUCGCGGCGGAAGAUCUGGUGUCUGGGCAGCGGGGGUCUUCGCCCAAGACGACGACUGUGGAGGUGGUGGUAGUGGUAGUGACAGUGACAGUGACUGUGUUGGUGGUGGUGAUGGUGACGGCGGAGGGGGUGGUGACGUCGCUGGCGGCGGUGGCGGUGGCGACGGUGUUGGCGGCGGCGUCGCAUUGGGGAAACGGUCUCGCCCCAAUUGCUCGCUUGGCGACGGCGCCGGGCGCGGGGCGUGAGGGCGCGGGAAAUGGAGCGGAGGAGCGGCGUCGCGCCCGCGGCCCCCGCCCCCGCCCCCGCGACCCCUCACCGCGGAGGCCACUGUCGCUCGCGACCGCCCCGCGCUACGGAACUUUCAGUAAACAAAGGGGGCGCGGCGGGGAGAACGAGGGCGCGGCGCCAGCGGACGAGAAGGGGGCGCUGGACAAACACAAGAUCAAGGCUCUGCGCGUCGCUCUCCCGCAGCCCAUCGGCCGCAAGCGCUCCAUGCAGUUCAUCAACCUGCCGUUUAUCGCCGCCUGGCUCGUCUUCCACUUCGCGUCGUCGCUCGCCGAGCUCUACCUGGCGCUCGUGCUCGUCGGGCUGGCCGGCGGGCUCAUGGAGGCGCCGGUGCUGACGUACGUGGCGGAGAUCACGCAGCCGCACCUGCGCGGGAUGCUGUCGGCCACGUCGUCCAUGUGCGUCAUCCUGGGCGUGUUCGUGCAGUUCCUGCUGGGCAACUUCCUGCCGUGGCGCACGGUGGCCGCCGUCAACGCCUGCUUCCCGGCCAUCGCCGCCCUCUCGCUGUUCUUCGUGCCCGAGAGCCCCUACUGGCUCGUCUGUGACUAA